GUCAUCUCAACAUGCCCUCUGUCCUGCUGCUAGAAGCCGUCUGCAUUUUCCUGGUUGCUGGAGUGACCCCAUCCCUCCCUCUUCAGGAAGUCCACGUAAGCAAGGAGACCAUUGGGAAGAUUUCAGCGGCCAGCAAAAUGAUGUGGUGCUCCGCGGCGAUGGAUGUCCUGUUUCUGAUAGACGGCUCUCACAGCAUCGGGAAAGGGAGCUUCGAAAGGGCCAAGCACUUUGCCAUCACGGUCUGUGAUGCUCUGGACGUCAACCCCGAGAGGGUCAGGGUGGGAGCGUUCCAGUUCAGUUCUGUCCCUCGGCUAGAAUUCCCCUUGGAUUCACUGUCAACCCAACAGGAAGUGAAGGCAAAACUCAAGAGGAUGGUUUUCAAAGGAGGGCGCACAGAGACGGGCCUUGCUCUGAAAUACCUUCUGCACAGAGGGUUCCCUGGGGGCAGAAAUGUCUCAGUGCCCCACGUCCUCAUUAUCAUCACCGACGGGAGGUCCCAAGGACAUGUGGCAUUGCCGGCCAAGCAGCUGCAGGAAAGAGGCGUCACUGUGUUUGCCGUGGGGGUCCGCUUUCCCAGGUGGGAGGAGCUGCACACGCUGGCCAGUGAGCCCAGGGAGCAGCACGUGCUGAUGGCUGAGCAGGUGGAGGAUGCCACCAAUGGCUUCUUUAGCACCCUGAGCAGCUCUGCCAUCUGCGCCAGCGCCUCUCCAGACUGCGAGGUCCAGCCUCAUCCCUGUGAGCACAAGACGCUGGAGAUGGUCAGGGAGCUUGCUGGCAACGCCCCGUGCUGGAGAGGAUCGCGGGGGAAUGAUGGCGUGCUGGCGGCCCUCUGUCCCUUCUCCAGCUGGAAGAGAGUGUUCAUGACCCACCCCGCCACCUGCUACAGGACCAUCUGCCCAGGCCCCUGUGACUCACAGCCCUGCCAGAAUGGAGGCACAUGUGUUCCAGAAGGACCAGACAGCUACCACUGCCUCUGCCUGCCAGCCUUCAGAGGGCAGGCUGACUGCGCCCCGACGCUGAGCCUGGAAUGCAGAGCCGACGUCCUCUUCCUGCUGGCCAGCUCAGCGGGCAUGACGCCGGAGGGCUUCCUGCGGGCCAAGGCCUUCGUGAGGAGCUUUGUCCAGGCCUCGCUGGACGAGGACUCUUGGGCCCGUGUGGGUGUGGCCUGGUACAGCAGGGAGCUGGAGUUGGCGGUGCCCGUGGGUGAGUACCAGGACGUGCCAGACCUGGUCCGGAGCCUCGAGGCCAUCCCCUUCAGCGGAGGCGCCACCCUCACGGGCAGUGCCCUGCGGCAGGUGGCAGAGCGCGGCUUCGGGAGCGCCGCCUGGACAGGCCAGGACCGUCCACGCAGAGUGGUGGUUCUGCUCACUGAGUCACGCACCCAGGACGAGGUGGCCGGCCCAGCGCAUCAUGCCAGGGCCCGAGGGCUGCUGCUGCUGGGCGUGGGCAGCGAGGCCGUGCGGGCGGAGCUGGAGGAGAUCACGGGCAGCCCGGAGCACGUCAUGGUCUACGCCGACCCACAGGACCUGGUCAGCCAAGUCCCAGAGCUGCAGGGGAAGCUGUGCAGCCGGCCACGGCCAGGCUGCCAGGCACCGUCGCUGGACCUGGUCUUCGUGUUGGAUGCCUCAGCCUCCGUGGGGCCCGAGAACUUCGUCCAGAUGCAGGGCUUCGUGAGGAGCUGCACGCUCCAGUUUGAUGUGAAUCCCGAUGUGACCCAGAUCGGCCUGGUGGUAUAUGGCAGCCAGGUCCAGACGGCCUUCAGGCUGGACACCCACGUCACCCGCGCUGCAGUGCUUCGGGCCAUGAGCCAGGCCCCCUACCUGGGCGGGGUGGGGUCAGCAGGCACAGCCUUGCUGCACAUCUAUGACAAGGUGAUGACUGUCCAGAGGGGCGCCCGGCCUGGUGUCCCCAAGGCUGUGGUGGUGCUCACAGGUGGGAGGGGGGCGGAGGAUGCAGUUGUCCCUAUCCAGAAGCUGAGGGACGAUGGCAUCUCUGUCCUGAUCGUGGGCGUGGGGCCGGUCUUGGGGGAGGCACUGCGGAGGUUGGCAGGUCCCCGGGACACUCUGAUCCACGUGGCAGCCUACGCAGACCUGAGGUUCCACCGGGACGCACUCAUGGAGUGGCUGUGUGGAGAAGCCAAGCGGCCGGUCAACCUCUGCAAACCCAGCCCGUGCAUGAACGAGGGCUCCUGUGUCCUGCGGAACGGGAGCUACCGCUGCGCGUGCCAGCAAGGCUGGGAGGGCCCGCACUGCGAGACCCGUAAGUGGGGCUGGCUCUGCGUGUGA